AUGGACGAUUCGAGUGCGGUGGUCUUUGACGUAUUAACCAAAAACAAUUAUAAAAGUUGGCGCAUUAAAGCCGAGGCUUUGCUAAAAGUAUUUAAUCUUUGGUAUUAUGUCAUAGAAAACAAAGAACCACCGAAGGACGUGAAAUUGUGGAUGAAAAAGGAUAAACAAGCUAAAUCUAAAUUGAUAUUGCAUAUCAGCAAGUCAUUGCUUCCGUUGGUCGAUAAUUGCGAAACUACGCGUGAAGUUUGGUCGAAGCUUGAGAAUUUUUACGGCAAUCAAGAUGAAGAAUUUGAAGCUUCAAUUUAUAGUUUUAAAUCAAACGAUAAGGAUUCGAUUAUCAAUGCCAUUGUGGAGUGCGUCAAAGAUUUCUUUAAUGAUAUCAACGAUUCAUCCAAGAGAAAAAUAUCCGAAGAUAAAAAAUCACUCAGCACUACUUUUACCAAUAAUUUAUUCUCGCGGUUGAAGAACAUCAAUCCUAAAAAUUUUCUAGAUGAGAAAAUGAUCGCGAAUGCUGUCAGUGAUUUUAUCAAUGGUAUUGAUCGAUUAUCCAAAACUGAGAUUAAAAAACGAACGAACGAAUUGAGCUGUAAACUCAUUGAUAACUUGAGAGAGUUGAUUGAUUUAUGCAAUGCAUUGUUAUUCAAGCAUCACUCCGAUUACAAGAAAGUACCACACGGAUUGCGCAAUCAAUAUGGAUACAAGAAUCCACUGCAUCCAUUGACGCAUCUUCAUACUCCACCAUCUACUGUGACUUCUGAAACAAAGCGGAAGUGUACAAUUUGUCGUAAAGAAGGGCAUAACCGUAGAACGUGCUCGCUGAACAGACCGAUCGUUCCCCAGCCGGACUUUGAAAGAGCCACCAGAGCUUUUAAAAGGUCGCAUAACUCUGAAGCCUGUGAUGACAGAGGAUGCAGCAGAACUACUUGUCCACCGAAUGUAUCAGUCACUUCCGCGUCGAAAUCUCCUGACCGAGCUAUUAAGAUUCCCAAAAGAUCACAGAAAUGCGGAGCAUGUGGCGUAGAAGGGCACAACGUAAGGACUUGUCAGGCGAAUAAAUCAACUAUUUCUGUGUCGAUACCUGUUGUUAAGACCCCUACAACUCCGAAGACAAAUAAAUGUCGAGAAUGCGGCAGAAAAGGACACAAUAUAAGGACGUGCCCACGGAUGGGAUCAGUACCUUCCUUGCCUCGACCUGCUACCACUGGCACUCGUACGGGAUCUUACAGAUGUGGGCUGUGCGGAGGAGAAGGUCACAAGAGUUCAUCAUGUUCGCGCAAUUUUGUAACACCAAUACCUUCGGCAAGAGCCUCUCCCAGAUGCAGCACCUGUGGCAAUACAGGUCAUAACAGUAGAACUUGCGGCCGUCACAGCACUUCGUCAGUGUCUGUUCACAAACCCGGGUACUCGAAAGUACUUUACUCACCGUCAUGUUCAGCCCCAUCUUACUCCGGUGGUGGUCAUCGUGGUUAUACGUGUGGGAUCUGCGGUGGUUCAGGACAUAAUCGAAGAACGUGCUCAGACUAA